GGUUGUGUCAUGCAUGAUCUCGUCUGGAGCUAAAAGCUCGAUUUAAAACUCUUCCAUCGAGCUUGCCAAGCUAAUGAACUUCAUUUUCCUCCCUAGAUAUUACACUACCUUGAAAACGAAAUAAGGUGAAUAACUUUUAAUACCAACCAUGCAAUAUGACAACGACCAUUGACGUUGAAUUAGACGGAUCUUGUGAUCUGAGCCCGAAUAUAUUACUUCACUGUAGUGGCGGCAUUGUUGAGAAGUGCUAGCGCAACGAAUACUUCUCUUCACACCUGUAUUUUGUUUACAUUCUACAAGUCAAGACCUUUUCACAUUAUUCACAUGUGAAAUAGGCUGCGUUUAUUUUCAUCCACUGAUCCAUGUGUUCAAAAUUAAUGAUGACAUGUUCUUGUUGAGGCCCGUCCAGUUUGCUAUCAGUGGAUUACUUAACGGAAAACCGAUUAAUCCAAUAAAGGAAAACCAUUGACAGCACCUCUUCUCACAAAAGUUACUGAAAACCUAUUUAUUAAGGGUACUCAUCCAGUGCAGACAAUGAAGACAGGUUUGUCUCGUAAGUAAAAUCAUGACAUAAGAUUUCGUACAUUUAUAUCCAGCCAAAUUAGAUCUGUGAUCUCGUGACACAUUAAUUGCCCAAACAUGACAGACUUUAACGGUAUGCUCGACAGAAUGGACGCCUUGGAACUCCAGAUCAACAAUUCAACUUUCGAGGUUGAUUACAUGGAUUGGAAUGGUACGACCUCGGCGACGACCACGGAGACUAAGGUGGUCGACAUCGAAUUCGAGUUACCGCUACUGAUUUGCAUUUGUGUGUGUGGAUUAUUAGGCAACACACUUGUAUGUUUCGUCUACGGCAGGCGCAAGUUUCGACGAUCAAACGCCGGGUUGUACAUCCUUAACCUUGCUGCAACGGAUCUCCUCGCCUCCCUGGUGGUACUGUUCCACGUGACCGAAUUCUACCAAUCAACGUGGUCGAUUCUAUGGGCCUAUAAUAUCCAAUGUGAACUACAUCGUUAUCUGAGGUUUAUAGGAUUUAACUGCACGGUCUUUACCAUGAUGGCUAUAGCCAUAGACAGAUAUUUCGCAGUUAGUAGCCCUGUCCUGUUCAAGGCUAAAUUUACGGUCAGUCGAACAAAGUUCAUUCUCCUCUUCAUCUGGUUGAUCGCGAUCGCCACAGCUCUCCCCGUUGCCUUCAUGUUUGAGAGCAUUUACAGCGGAGAUGGGCAGGCGAUCUCGUACCCGGGCAAACUCCCUUGGGCGUGCAAAGUCAUUGUCCCCUUUGGAACGUGGUGGAAAGACUUUAAACCCGUGUACCUCAACAUCCUUCUCUUCUACGUGCCCGUCAUCAUCACCGCCGUCAUCUACGUGCGCAUCGUGAUAAAUGUCAAACGAAGCAACAGCUACCUGCAGAAUAAGCUCGUCAAUGGCGCCCCAGUGCCGAAACGGUUUCGCAACACACAUUGGAAGAUAUGCAAGAGUUUGCUUUGCGUUUUUCUCGGCUUCAUCGUCUGUUUCGCGCCUUUUGCCACCUAUCACAUCGUACAGCAGUAUUUCUCAACAGCAUUGCACCCUGAACUUAAAAACCUCUCACUUCUUUUGCCUUACUUCAACUCAUGCCUGAACCCUGUCAUCUAUUCCUUCACGAACGAUACAUUUUGGAAAGCCGCCAAGCAGAUAAUCUGUAUGUCGACGUCGAAAACCACGACGAGGGCGUCGUUGCCCUCGAGCGAGAUGAACGGAGGUCAUCCGUCUGGUCUCAAUGCUAUAUCGGGCAAUCAGAUGCGGGAACGUGGAGAAGGCGGGCAAGCGAUAGGAAUCUCGUUCUCGUAUGAAAGGAACGCGGUUGAAGUGGAAUACAGUCCUGGCUUUGCUCGACAUCAAAUUAAUCUCGUUGACGAUUGCGAACACGGCCAUGGGACGGUGUCCGAGAAUACGAGAUCAUCAGAAUAUUGCAUGACAACAUUUUGAUUCACAUGGAAAUGCAUGACUUGAUUACCACCAGCCCUGUAUAUGAAACAAGAACAAAGAAGAAUGAUUGAUUUAAAGGAUAAUGAAACAUUUGGAACGAGAUAGUUUGCGCGAAAACAGAAACAUUAAAAAACUUAUCAAUAAAAGUUUAAGAAAAAUUGAAUGAAUAAUAAGAAAGUUAUGAGCAUUUGAAUUUUAGAUCAUUAUUGUAAUGUAGAUCCUCCCAUUGGCAAUGCGACAAAGAUGACUGUGUGAUGUCAUUAUGUGAACUACUUUUCCAUUACUUUUGUAUACAUUUCACUUUAAACUGCAUCCUUUAUCACAUCUAUCAGUAGAUCAUGUAAAAUAUUCUUUCUACAGCGGGGCUUAUACAGAUUUUCAAAGAAUACAUUAUGGAUAAAGAGUCUGUAUCAAUAUAAGAAAGAGCAAAAAAGAAGAAGACAUUUUGGGGGUAUUUUAUAGUCCAUCAAACUGUCAAACUCACGUGUGACAUCACAAAUCUUGGUCGCAUUGCCAAUGGGAGAAUCUUUAUAGCGUUAGUGAUCGCAAUAUUCAAAUGCUCAUAACUGUCUCAUUAUUUCGUCCCUUUUCUCAUUUUUCAUCUUUUUCUUUGAUUUCUUUUUGUUUCCACACAAGUCCAUUUGUUCCAAAGGCUUUACCCCCCUUCAUUGAAAAACAUCUAUUUUGAAGCAGCUUUGAAUGUUUGCAUAUUUCUCAUGAGAGGUAGAAAUUAGCUAGGUAUAACGUGUACCACGAUAUAAGUGAUGUUUGCGUUUGUGCCAAUACAAUAUUUUAAGUUGUCCAAAAAGUUAUCAAAAAAAAAAAAAAAAGUAAACUAUGGAGGUAUGUUCUAUUUUCUCUAUCUUAAAUAUUUUUAUUGAAAAUUUUGGGCCACUUGUUAAAGUGAUUUGAACAAGUUGACCACAAUUUUCACUGUGAUUUAUGAAUUGGCAUUUUUACUCGUGUCACAAUCGACUGAAUAAUGAAAAUGAAUGUUUCCCCAAUUGCUUUCAGAACCGUCUGAUUUAGAGGUUUCCUGCCAAAAUUCAAAUUCGUUUUAAAACAAACUUUAGACAAUGGUAGAGCAAGUCUGAAUUGGGCCAAGUCAUCACUUCUUUCGUCUUCUCUGAACGUUUUGUCCUCAAGUAUUUUGUAUACAAAAAGGUAGGUUGGAAAUCCAAAAACUAAAGAAUGAUACGUUUUUAUUUCCACGAAAAUAUGAGAAGUCUUGAAAAGUAAAAAAUAUUGAAUCUAUUCAUAUUUGUCAUAUAGAUCUAUGACAAAUAUGGCAACUAUGUCCGUAAUUACUACUGCUGCUACUACUACUACUAUACUACUACUAUUACUACUACUACUACUACCACCACCACCACCACCACCACCACCACCACCACCACCACCAC